UGAGAGGAUGAGGACGUGAGAAAGCUUGGUAAGAUGGAUUCAGCGAGAAAUUUAAUGAGUCUAAGUGAUAGUUCUUCCUAUUCUAAUAUCGAGUGACAAAUAUAAUGAUUCUUUCACCUCGUUCUCUUCAAGUGACAGAGGAGAGUAUGUCCUGCCGGUUGCGGGCUUAUGUUGCAGACCCUUUCUGCGCAUUGAAAAGGAGAUGUUCGCGAAAGGUGGGUCGAAGUAUCGUGGGCAGUCUCCGGAGGAGCAGUUUUCAACCUGAAAAUUCUAGAUCAUGUACCCGCGGAGUGGAUCGAAUGGACGGCUCUGCGCCAUACAGGUGGCUGAUUCUAGUAUUACGGCAGUUAGUCUUGCAGCUUCAUAUCACUAUGCUAAGCAGGAUCUGCUGUUAAAGAGACAGGCCAAAGAAUCUUUUAGCGAAGCUGAAGACCCCUCACUGAAGUUCAAGUUCAGAAAGGCAGACCAACAUUUGUUGGUUCACCUGUGGCUGCAUCGUGGAUGGGUUUCCAAAGAAAACUACGGAAGUAGUCUAAGAGAGGUAACGUACUGGGUCUCACUAAAAUACAACCUUUUUCUAAUAAUGGCGAUCCUGCAAUGUAUGCCGUUGUUUAGGGAUCACUUGCAGUGGAGGUGGCGGCAUGGAACAGACUGUCGAACAGAAGAUAUUCGUGGCGAAGACAUUGCGUCAUCAAUAAUAAGAAUAGUAUGAAGGCACGGCUAGUUUCUUGGUGCUCUUGUUGCCGUUAAUAUCGUUUCUGUUUUCCCUUGUACAAUGUACAUGUAGUUGCUUUUGUACUACUGCAAGCGUACGAGAAGGAGAACGAAAACUGAUUGAAGCUGACAAACAGCACCAAAAAACUAUCUUUAAGUAUAGAUGGGAGUCAGCAGGAGAGGUGUAGCGUCAGUUCGAGAAGCUGCAGCACGAAAAAAAGUAGUCCAAAAACCGGUGAUGAAUUUCCCAGUAUAGAGGCAGUUUUGUCCUCACACGACCAACCACAGCAGUCCGAGUCGGACAACGUAUCGCGUUUACUCAGUUCUAAUCAAGAGACAACAUCAUGCGAAGCAGAAACAACGCAACAGGAAGAGUGUCGAAGAACGCCCUCAGUCGCAAGGCCUAGUACCGGUGGUGGGAUCAUCUUCGCCGCUGCGCAACGACAGCGACGUCCCGAUGAAGGCCUGCCGCCAGGACUGGAGCGUUGGAUUGGUCGGGAUGAGUGUAGCGAGGAAAACGGAUGGGUCGCAUUUUACCACACUUUUGCUUACGGCUUCUGUCAAAAAUCAACACCUUUCUACCAUGAAUUUUCACACACACAGUUGUUCUCGGUUGUAUACCAUCAUCAAUUUCAAUGUUCGAAGGGGAGUUUCCUAUCAUUGUAGUUUCAAUCAAAAUGACACCAGAAGAGUUUGAUUGUGAAGGUAGAAUACUCGCCUCAUUAUUGGUGGCCCAAGGAAAAGUACAUAAGGAUUUUCCUUACGUCUAAUUUGCGCGUGGUAUCCAGCAGGCGCAGAGUGGCGCAGUUAUUUCCCAGCCAUUGCGUGAAGAAUUGCAGAAGGGUACCUUACCAGAACGCAACGCGGCGCUUUUCUCAUCGGAAGACUCAGCAAUAGGCAUUCUUCGCAAUCUAACCGAUGGCUUACUUCAGGAACCAGAGAAUUACGACUUCUCUUCUUAAUCUCAUUCCCUUGUUGAUGUUGUAGUUACUUUUGAUUUUGUUCUGGUCUUCUUGUUCUAAUAAUUCCUACUCUUGUUAAUCUUGAUCCUCCCUCUCCAAGGCCAAGGUUCAAAUCAGAGAAAAAACUGUCUCUCUAAUCCUAGGCUUUCCAGUGUGGUACUGCUAUGUCUAGCGUUUUCUCGAUGCUCUCCACGCUGUACGAUUCGGUGAAUAUGCCAGUGCUCGCAUUGCGCGCAGUGCAGCACGCGAGCAUUUUUGGCUCGUAUUUGAUUUCUCCUGGCAUGAUGCUUUGUUUCAAUGUACUUAAAAGAAACAGACAAGAAGUCACUGCUGUUUUUGUUGUAUCGACACUUUUCUUCAGCACUGACUACUUCUAUUGAUAAUUCGUCAAAGUAGUAGAAGUAGUACUAGUUGUACUGCUCCUUGGAGUACAAGUGUCUCUCUGAAAUGCUUUGCACAUUCUCUUUCGCCCCAUCGAAUAAAGGUUCGAUUACCAGAUGAAAGGGGAGGACUACAUCGAUCAAAGUCCGUGGCCAAUUACGUGGAAAGAAAGUAUCGAACAGUCCCUAAAACGAAUGGACCGAGUGCAGAAGCUUCAGCGUAGUGAGAACUGGCGUCGAACGAAGCUGGGACGAAGACCUGGCGCACGAAAAUUAAAGGUUAAUUCGUCGGGCUUUUAAUAUUUAUAUAAUUUAGCAGCUGCUUUAAUAUCUACAUUAUUAGUGGGUGCACAUAGCGCGAGAACCGAGCACUUCUCUGAGGCACGCACUGGCUUCGGCCGCCAUAGAUGAGAAGACCUCCAGGGCAGAAGGACGAAUGCGCGGCGCCUAAAAUAGACGGAUCCUAAUAUAAACGUGGCCACUAGAAUUUUAUUAGAUAUUUGGAAUACCUGACCUUUUUGAUUUUUUGUUUGCUAGUUAGGAGUGCUCCACCGAUUACAUUAUAAUAUCUACACCACAAUCUGCAGAACUAUUGUCCUCUUGUAGUUGAGGAGGAACGCCGAGUGAUGUAGAUUUAGAUUGUUCAGCAUCUUGCUGUCGAUCUCGUCAGACAACUACUACCUGCAAUGUGAAUGCAGCCGCAAUUGGACUGAAUGAGGAUUUUCAUCUCUCCUUUACCGAUCCCAUCGUUCUAUUUUCAUAAAGAUUUAUGAUAGAGACAAAAAUAAUACCAGAUUCUCAUCGUUUCGGUGUGCGAGUACAACAACGAUGUAACGCCUCUAUACUCCCUAUCCUUCUGGAACAAAAAGCGGUAUGCGGAUAAGCAUGACUACGAGGUCAUCGUGCAUGAGAAAGGACCCCUACUGCAGGUAUAUUACACAUGGUACGCAAGCGAAACAGAACAUAUAAGGAGUAGUAAUUCAUACCUAGAAAAGACUUGCUACAAGUUUCAGUACAAGAGUUUGUUCUAGGAGGUUAUACAUACCGCUUUUUGCUGGUCUUACUUUCUUAAGGGUUCAUCUUGGAACAUAAAAGUCAUCAUCAUUGAAACAUACUAAUCCAUCGGCAAAUUUUUCAGGAUCAAUUCAAAGACUUGUUUACGGAGCCACCGAGCCAUAGACCACCGGCGUGGAGCAAGAUUGACGCCGUGCUAAUGGGCCUUCGACAAUUAAGGUUAGAUUUGCAUGAGCAUCAGCAUCAGCAUGAGUUUGAGAAAACAGCCUAGUAUCAGAAAUAUAGGGAGGGACAUGUUGUUGUUGUCUGCGGAACUACAGGUAUACAGUUAUGUAGCUAGUAGAAGGGACAUGUUAGGCUGUUCCUGUUGCUAAUAAAUUGAUGUUUGGUCCUACUCCUGACCUCAACGGUCGCUAGGUGCGUGCCCAAAUAGGGAACUAGAGAGUAUGAACAAUGACCUAGUCAGUGUCAGAGAGCCGCCAUGAGAGCAAUGUGGUUGUUUAUUGCUAUCCCUUCUCUAAGAGUAGGUCAUGAUUGGGUCAUGUGGAUGGAUUGCGAUAGCUAUUUCAUGGACCAGGAGUUUGGAAUUCACGAGUUAAUUGACUCAGUUCUCGAACGCGAAGCACAGGAGAUGCCUGGGCAAAGUAUACUACGUAAACUGGUCCCCUCAGAUAGUGCUCUUUGAUUUGGUUGGUUUUACUAGUCUACUAGCUUGGAGCGUCCGAUAACAUCCCUCCCACUAGGAUCCACCUCCUCCCCAAAAUAAGAAAUUAAGCACGGCAAAGAUGUAAGCGAUACGCGUCCCCAAAUUUCGAAAAUUUUCCACGUUUUGCCAUCGUUUGCGGAUUGAAUCUCGUGCGUUUGAAGUGCUAAGAUCCCAAAUUCUCCUGAUUUUAAGCCCUGCCCAUUCCCUGGAAUUCAAUUUCUUGGAUUUGCAUUUUUCAAAUUUCGAAAAUUUUCCACGUUUUGUCGUCGUUUUGGGAUUGAAUCUUGAGCGUUUGAAGCGCUAAAGUCCCAAAAUUUUUUGAUUUUAAGCCCUUUCCCUGGAAUUCAAUUUCUUGGAUUUGCAUUCUUCAAAUUUCGAAAAUUUUCCACAUUUUGGCGCCGUUUUGGGAUUGAAUUCUGUGCGUUUGAAGUGCUAAAGUCCCAAAAUUUUUGACUUUGCGCCCUUUCCCUGAAAUUCAAUCUCUUGGCUUCGCGUUUUUCCAAUUUCGAUAAUUUUCCGCGUUUUUCGUCGUUUUGCGAUUGAAUCUCGUGAGUUUGAAGCGCUAAGAUCCCAAAAUUUUUGAUUUUAAGCCCUUUGCUUCCCUGAAAUUCAAUUCCAUGGCUUCCUGGGUUCACGGGGUUCGCGGGGUUUGUUUGUUUUUGUGUCGGAGGUUGUGGGUUUGGGUGUUGGAGGUUGAGGUUUCGGAGGGGAAGUGUUUGCAAAGUUUUAUUGCUCUUAAUAUUGCAUGAAUAAAUGUCAAGUCUUUUGGAAAAAAGUAGCUGGCUUUCUCUCUUAGUUUGUUACUCUCGUACGGGUACCUCGAUGCCAUUUUGUGGUCAUUACACUACCUCUUCUUUUUCAAUCAGCCGAGGGAGUGAAGCGCCCUUUUGCGGAUCCUCCGCUCGAGGAAUUUUUGAAGAAAUGGGACGCAGCACCUGGCACACUCGAGGCUUUCGACACCAUGCUCAGUUCUCCAAAGUUUAUGAUAGAUAUGAUAGUAUAUGUUAGACCCUAAGAACUUUAUCCUUAAUGCAUUAUAGACUGAAAGAUGUUUCAAACAAUGCGUGCUUUUCUUCCCUCGUCUGUACACCACCUGCUGGAAGGAGACAAAUAACGCAAAGAUUAGAAUGUUGCUCACGCGCUGAAGUAGUGGUUGUUGCGUCUCCUAAGAAAGCUGACAGCUCAGCUGUGCUAGACCAGACGCAAAUAGGCUGGGACGAUUGGCUGGUCCACCCGACAUACGAGAAAGACGGUAAAAAGCGCAUCGAGUUGAUCGUAAGCGAAGACGGCCUCAUGCUUAAUAUUAUGACCACGAAUAAUGAACAUUAAUUGUACGAAUCAUCCUGCAACAAUGUGAUGCUUGCCGUAGAGCCAGUCAUUGAGAUAUAGAAUCUAGUGCUUAAGUAAGCGUCCUACUUUUGUUGAACAAGAGGCAAGAAGUAGCAUGAAGUAGAAUUCCUUCAUAUUACCGGGGAUCUUUUUCGUGCGAUCGAGCGUGUGGGCAUGGCGGUUUUUUCAAAAAGUUCGUAGGUUUACAUUCGGCAACCGUGCACCGAUUACGCAGCACCCGUGGUGGGAGCAAACAGGUGACUAGGAUGAAUACUUCUAGUAUUAAGUACUUCUUGAUGAAGAUUCAUUUUUAAGUAAGACACGCUUCCAUUUAAUUCUAACGUCUAGAAUAUGGGUUUUGGCUCUACUGAUUAUCUACCUUGUUUCUAGAACACUACAACUAUCGCGGAACGAACAAUAACAACGUCCCCCCCUUUUCCAUCUAUCAAGAACUUUUUCGAUUCUACUUAUUCGUUCGCGAAGCAAGCCAGCAGAGAAGUCCUUCAUUCAAAAUAAAACAGCGAUGGUAUACCUGAUUCAAAUGCCGUUUGCGAACGAGAAGAAUUGGGCCGUUGCACCUGCGGUAAGUCUUUUGGACCAAAGGCAUAUAAAUCCGUAUCCACAUCUAGUUUCCUCCGCUCUACUGACCCACGUCGCGUUCGAGCCUGAUGAUUAUAUCAUCUCCUUCUCCGGAUGCAAGAUAUACUUAAGACUGGGUAUCAAUGUGAAAAGGAUUAAUACUAUAGUCAGUUACAGUCACUAUUAUAUGAGACAGCUGCUACCAUCUUCAAAGAUGUUGAGGAACAAUAUGCUGUUGUCAAUAUUGAUUACCGUAUCUACUAUAUAAUGAUUCAGGUAGAAUGAAUCUUCUAUUCUUAUUUAUCUCUAAUCUUCAGUAGCCAAGACGUUUGCAAUGCGUUGUUUUUCAACUACUUCGCGAUCUCAGUGCCGGACUACGCAAGCAUUAAGGACGAUACACUGCAAGCGUGGCUGGAGAAGGGAAAGCAAAAGUAUCGCUGACAAUCAUGAGCCGCGGGAUGGGUGCUCACGGGCUGCUUCUUAGAAGCUCGCUUCUAGCACAGGAAUAUCUACAAUCGGAUUUGUUGUGUACCUCUUUGUUUAUACUUAUCGUAACUUCAUCUGACAGCAAGUAUCGCAUGUGUUGUACCAGGAAAUAUGCUUGAUUGAUGAUGAUCAUUGUCUUUGACAUGGUGAGAAAAUCAUUGCGCGUAGGUCAGAUAGAGAAUUCGGUUUUCUUGCGGGAAAAACGGCUAACGUACUUGUCCACUUGUCCACAAGGGACUUCGAAAGACAGGAGGAUAGGACAAGCGUGAACAAGCUUAUGCUCGACUCAAGGGACAAAGGACACUCGACAUUAUAAUAGGCAAAAAUGAACAAUGCUUAAACGACGAGCGCAUGACAGGGAAGGAGCAACUCUCGAC